AUGGAGCUGGGAAGGAUGUGCCUCCUGCAUAUUCAUGCAAUCUCAGCUAUAGUGCUUCUCCUGCAUAUCAGUUGUGGUGCUUGUGCUAAUGUGACGAGGUGUGUAGAGGGAAAGGGAAGCGCUGCUUGCUAUAAACAAGACCUGGUGAUUAACUCCACUCGACUCUCUUCGUGGGGAGCUGAAGCUUUAAAUCAAGAUUGUUGCGCAUGGGAAGGAGUCUACUGUGACAACCUGACUGGUCAUGUUGAUCAGCUUCAUCUUGGAGGGGAGGUGUUGUCUUCGCAAGGCGAACUCCUUGAUUACAUACCUUUUAAAGGUACACUUGGUCCUAAACUCAUUGAGUUGCAGCAUUUAGUAUAUAUAGACCUAACUUCAAAUAGGUUACAACUGAGCCCAAUUCCAGGUUUCAUUGGUUCUUUGCCCCAUAUAAGAUACCUUGAUCUCUCUGAAGCUGGUUUCGUCGGUGAAAUUCCAUAUCAUGAGCUUGGAAACCUUACUCACUUGCAGUAUCUCGAUCUCUCCUCCAGUGACUUCACUAAUUCCAUAGAAUUCUUCAGUUGGCUCCCUCAUCUUUCUUCUCUAAAAUAUUUGGACCUCAGUUUUGUCAAUCUUAGUAAUGUGUUUGAUUGGCCGGAAACAGUAAACAAGCUCCAUAAUCUUCGAAACUUGACUUUAUAUGGAUGCCAACUUCCCCCUCCAAUUAUUUCCAGUACUACUCUUUCUGACAAGAAUACUUCUCAAACUCUUGCUUCUGUUGAUCUUUCUAAAAACAGUCUCACUUCAUCAGUAUUCAAAUGGUUGUGUAACAUCAGUGCCACCCUUGUUCUUCUUAACCUCUCUCACAACAAAUUAAGUGGUUCACUUCCCGAUUGUAUUGGAAACAUGAGCUCUCUUACACAUCUCAACCUUUCCAGUAACCAACUUGAAGGAAGGAUUCCCGAUUCUUUUGCAAAGUUAUGUAGUUUGCAAGAAUUCGUUAUUUCAUCCUGUAAUCUCAGCGGACACAUUUCUAAUUUUUUUGAAUCAUCCUGUGCUCAAAAUUCCUUAGAGAUUCUGGAUUUGACUACUAAUAACUUUACAGGGUCAUUCCCUGAUAUGACAAGAUUUCAGGCAUUACGGGAAUUAUAUCUCCGUAGAAAUAAGUUAAAUGGAACAAUCCCAGAAAGUAUUGGGAACAUGUCGAAGCUAGAGACAAUCGGUGUUAGUCACAAUGAUUUGGAAGGAGUGAUUACAGAAGCUCAUUUCUCAAAGCUCUCCAAGUUAGGGUUUUUGUAUUUGUCCUCAAACUUCUUAGUUUUAGACUUCCAUUCUGAAUGGAUUCCUCCUUUUCAAUUGGAAUCACUAGUGCUGAACUCUUGCAAGAUGGGGCCGUUAUUUCCAAAAUGGCUUCAAACACAGAAAAAUCUCCUCCAGCUUUCUCUUUCUGAUGUUGGAAUUUCUGAUACUAUUCCAAGUUGGUUUUGGGAUUUAUCACAUAAUAAGUUAGAGUUGGAUCUUUCUUGCAAUGAGAUUAAAGGAACACUGGCAGAUUUAAGAUUCGAUUUUGCGUAUCAGCCUGAAGUUAACUUGAGUUGGAACCAACUGCAAGGUCCAAUCCCUUCAUUCCUUUCUAAAGCUUCAGCUGUGGAUCUCUCCAAUAAUAAGUUUUCAAAGUGA